CCAAUUUUCUUUUACCAAUUUGGCUUUUCAUUAACUUUUCUCUUUAUUUGCGCUGCUAUAUCUCCAAUCCAAUUAACAAGCUGCAUUUUUGUUUCUAGCCAUGAAGAACUCGAUCUUAGUGUUAGUUACCUUAUUGAUCAUUGUCAAUGUUAGUAAUAGUCCAAAGUGGGAUCGAGAGUUGUUGGUGGAUAAAAAAGAUUUGGAGGUUUUGAAAUAUGAUGUGGUUGUGGCUUUAGAUGAUAGUGGUAAUUUCACUACCAUUUCUAAAGCCAUAGCAGCUACUUCGGUGUUGAGUUCUACGAGAAUUAUUAUAAAAAUUAAAGCGGACAUAUUUCAAGAGAAUAUGAUAUUUCCUUCUAACAAGACUAAUAUUUUUUUGGUUGGGGAUGAAAAAGGCAUAACUAUCAUUACGGGAACCAAAAACAAGCUUGAAGGUUACAGUACCUUGGACACUAAAACUGUAGUUGUUGACACUUGGACAAUUUUUGUCGAGUAACAUCACUUUCCAGAAUAUAGCAGGAUCUUCAAAACAUCAAGCCGUUGCCUUAGGCUAACAGGACAUUUCUCUGCAUUUUACAACUGUGAGGUGUUGGGAUAUCAAGACACUUUAUAUGUUGUGUGUGGUAAACAUUUUUUUGUGAAGUGUCUUAUUGAAGGAACAAUAGAUUUUAUUUUUGGCAAAACGGGGCAAGUGAUAUUACAAGACUAUGAUAUCAAAGGAAGAUAUUUACUGCACAAAUAUUUUUUAAGUAAUUCAUAAUUUUAACAAGUAAAUAUAGCAAAACGUGUAGUAACAAAUAUUUUAAUCAAUUCAUAACUUUAAAAAGUAAAUAUAC